AUGGUGGACAGACGCCUACAUUGCCUUUUUGCUGUACUUUGCUUCUUAACCCUUUCGCGCAUCUCCUUGUGUAAAGCAGUGGCUGGAGGUUUCUGCUCGUUCAACAAUGACUUAAUUCGGGAAAGACACAAUGAUUUGAGGCUGAAGCAUAGGGCCGAUCCGUUGCACUGGAGCACACAGUUGGAAAAGGAGGCAACCGCUGAAGCCAAACUGAUAAAGGAGAUCUCCAAUUGCACUGUCAUGGUGAACCAAAUAAACACAAAUUACUUUACCAUUUCGCCCAAUAGCAAAAUUGAAUCAGCCGUGGAUACAUGGUAUGAAGGCAUUAACAACUAUGACUUUGAGUUAGGGCCCAUUCGUCGGGGGGACGAUACCGUUUUUGAAUUCACCAGAGUUGUAUGGAAGAGCGCCGAGCAUAUUGGUUGCUCCAGUGCCUGCUGCGGUAACAGGGGAAUUUUAAUUUGUAAAUAUGAUAGUCACACGAAUCAGCCAGCCAAUGUUCGUUUGGGAAAACUUCACACUCGAGCCAGAACAAAGACGAACAGCCACCGCGUGUGCUCGAACAGACAUGCCAUAAUCAGAAAGUACAACAUCAACAUAUGCAGACAGUGCUUCCGAGAAAGGGCCGACAUUAUUGGAUUUAAGAAGUAUAGGUAA